AUGUUUUCCCUUAGAGGUGGUGAAACAACAUCAUCUAAUGGAACAUCGCGUGUAUCUACAAUUCGUCUUGAUGAUGUUGAAUGGCCACAACAGUCAUCUAUUCUUAUGCUAAAGAUUGAUGUCGAAGGUUUUGAACUAAAUGCACUUCGUUCGGCAGAAAAAUUAUUUCGUGAAAAACGUAUUCAUCAUUUAAUCUUUGAAUACACAGCUUGGUGGACUGAUCGAGCACCACAAAAGGAACUUAUACCAUUUGUUGAAAAAACUCUUGGUGCAAAACAAUUAUUUGCAUUAGACCGAAUAGAUAGUACUGUUUAUGGACCGUUGACUCGAUAUGCACUAAAUCGAUUUCACGAUGUGCAUGUCCGACGACAUCCUCAAACUGAUAUCUAUGCUACUUUUAUUGAAUCGGGUGUAAGCCCUACUUUAAAAGUUCAACCGUACAAGGUCAUAUCAUCAUUUGCAUGA